AUGGGCGCUGCCCAACUCGCCCCAUCUUUGCCUCCCUCCAGUGCACUUCUGCCCCUGGCCCAGCUGGAGCCCAGCCUGCGGCUGGAGGAGGUGGAGUGGCAACAAGGUACCGGUCACCGGGGGCUGCCCUUGCUGGGCACCCCCAAGGCCGCGCGGAAGGCUCUGCUAUGCUGCCUCAAGGAGACACAGGCCGAGCUGGAGAAGAUGAGGCAGCAGCAGAAGGAACUGGAAGCUAAGGAGCAGCUGAGAGCUGCCUCUACGCCCGAGCCUCCGCAGGCUGUCAUCCUACCCAUGCAGCAAGUGCUGAUCCCCCAGAAAUGGGCCUCACCCACGGAAGAUGAGGGCAUCCUGGUCCUAAAGAGGAGGGUGACUCGGAGGCUGGGGGAUGCCGUGGGGCUGGACUGA